UAUUUUAGAGCUAUUAUGGUAAAAUCCAUUACCGUGUUGCGCGGGAGCAGGACAAGUUGUGUAGGCUGCUUAGCUAGCUACGAAUAUAGUACUACUUUGAGUGUCGUACGUCGCAAGAAGAAUGGCUCGGGAUUACAAACCGGGUGACCUGAUCUUUGCGAAGAUGAAGGGCUACCCUCACUGGCCUGCCAGGAUUAAUGACUACUCUGAUGGAGCUGUGAAGCCGGCCAACAUGAAGUUUCCCAUCUUUUUUUUUGGUACCCAUGAAACUGCAUUCCUAGGCCCCAAAGAUAUAUAUCCCUACCUGCCCAAUAAAGAGAAGUAUGCCAAGCCUAACAAGAGAAAGGGCUUCAACGAAGGCCUGUGGGAGGUUGAGAACAACCCAAAGGUGGAGCUGAAUGGAGAGAAGCAAAUGAUGCUGUCGGAUAACGUAACGGAGAAGGACUCUGACAGUAACCCGGAAGGAGACGAGGAGGGAGAUUAUGAGAAGAGGAAGAAACCCAAAGUGUCGGGGGCUGAGAGUGAGGCUGGACAGGAGGAGGAUGAUGAGGAGGAUGGGGGCAUGCAGGUCUCUGAACAGGGACAGCCCCAGGGCCAGGAUGACCCCACACCAAAUGAAUCUACAGACACUCCCAAACCCAAGAGAAGAAGGAAGAAAAAGAGUGAUGUAGAGGCCGACUCUGAGAAAGAGGACGCUGCCAACAGUCCCACAUCCAGCCCUCAAGAUGGAGAGGGCCCCACUCCUAAGAGGCGAGGCAGGAAGACCAAAGCUGAGAAGAUGCUCCUACUCCAGCAGCACGACCCCCAGGGCUCAGGCAGUGACAUGGACACUGCUGAGUCGGAGAGAAAGAGAAAGAGGACGCCGGAAGACAAGUCCAAGAGAGGAGAGGAGGGGAAGAGGCUGGACGGGAGGAGAAAGAAGGAAGACAACAAAGGGAGAGAGUUGGAGGGGAAGAAGGACCCUGAUGCUAAACGGAGGAGACAGACCAAAGAGGAGAGCUCCUCUGACUCAGAGAACCAGGAGAAGAGCAAGGGGGUUGCGGGAGACCGCAAGCGGCAGCAGCCCACUCUGACCGAGACAGGGGACAAAGACGAUCGUCAACGACGCAAACCAGACGAGCAGAAAGAGCAAAACAAAGAUGAUGGAAACAAAGUGGAUGAAAGGAAAGGAGACAAGAAGAAAGAGAUAUCGAUAGAAUCGAGGCUGCAGAGGUUGCAUGGAGAAAUCAAAAUCUCCCUCAAGAUUGACAACCCAGAUGUGAAGAAGUGUCUGGUGGCGUUGGAUGAGCUGGGCAUGCUGCAGGUCACCACCCAGCACCUGCAGAAACACUCAGAGCUCAUUGCAACACUCAAAAAGAUCCGGAGGUUCAAGGCCAGCCAGGACAUCAUGGACAAGUCUACCAUGCUGUACAACAAGUUUAAGAGCAUGUUCCUGCUGGGGGAGGGGGACCAGCUGCUCAGCCAGGUGCUCAACAAGUCCAUAGCAGAGCAGAAGCAGCAGGAGGAGGCCAGGAAGGGAGCCCAGAAGAAGGCUGAUCGGGCCAGGGAGAACAACACAGAUAACAAUAUGAAUGGCGACUCCAGUCCAGAUGAUAAGAAGCAGGAGUCGGACAAGGAGAAGCCUGCUGAAGAGGCCUCUACAGGUGAUAACAGCAGGCCGUUGGCGAAUGUCCUCCAUCUCACUCUGUUCACUGUAUCUCUUUGGGCCUGACGCUGUGCUAGUUGCCGUCCCCUUUGCCGGCAGUGUAGUGAAGGCCCAAGAGGAAACCAACUGAUGAAGAAACAUCUGACUGACUAAACUGAAGGGGAUGUUGGUGCUGCUGACCUUCUCACACUAGUCCAAACACCACCAAAUCGUACAAAUCCAGGCUCUUCUCUGGUCUGAACACCCACGUCUUAAACCCUACAGAGCAGUGUCUUCCAAAGUCCUAUUUUAGAUUUCAUUUUUUAUGAUGAAUGCAUCCACUGUGGCUGUUUUUUAAACUGAUGGUAGUAAAAAGUGGUUCCACAAAUUCUUAUUUUCAAUGACAGCCUAGGAAAAGUGGUUAACGGCCUGUUCAGGGGCAGAACGACAGCUCGGGGGUUUAAACUUGCAACCUUCCGGUUACUAGUCCAACGCUCUAACCACUAGGCUACCCCAAUAAUACUUGCAUAUCUAACCCAUCCCUGACCUUACUUUGUUUGAACUAUUCUGCUAUGUGGUGAAAAUUUGACAGUAUCAUGUUUGAGAAUGUCAUGGCAAAAAUGGAGUGGGACAAGGAAGCUUUAUAGUCUGUUUUAAAAUCACUUAACGUUUGACAUCGCAAGAUCUUGCAGUUCAACUCUGAAUUAUACAAGAUAGAUAAAAUAUAUGGUAGUUACUGGUAGGAGUCUUUAUUACUAGUUAGUUUAGUAAAAUGUACUUAAUACUGACCAAUAUUAUUCUGGGUAGGUGCACAUUUUGUUCUUGCACAGAAAGGAAAUACUACUUGUGUGCCAAAGUUAUUUUUCUUCCACUCGCACACCCAAGUUUAAAUGUCUGUCUGUUGUAAAUAAGAGUAUUUUUGUGCCUGUCUGAAAGCCUGUUUAGCCUCCUUUGUAAUAAAGCAUUGCUUCAAUAACCGUUUGUCGGUAACUACAAA